AUGAUGGAACUGACACCAAAUGAACGAUAUUUUGAGAGUUGCUCUACUUGUGAAGAUAUUGACAAGCCCUCGCCUAGUUUCCAGGAAAUGAUGAAAAACCUUCAUCUCCAUGACAAACGCACUCGAGUUGAAAUUCACAAGCUAAAGAAGGAAAACGAACGACUCAAAAAUGAAAUAAAAAAUAUGAAGGCGGCGAAAUCUAAAGACGAGGGCUACGUUUCUCGUCAGGAAAGCUCUACUUCUUGGGAACAAACGAUCCAAAGAGGGAAAAAUGGCCACGGAAUAAAAUUUGAAACCAGAUUGUUUGUCAAAGAUGUCGUUUUGGGAAGUGCUACUGGACUUGUGAAUGAAGGGGAUGAAAUAUUAGAAAUCAACGAGGAAAGCGUUCAAAAUCUCAGCGAAAAUGAAGCAUUCAACUUUCUCAAUAUAUCUCAGAAUGCCGUUUUGAAGAUUCGCCGAGGAAAAUGA